AGUUGGCUACUCUGCGCUUCAACACGUCGAGCAAGUGAGUUGUUGUUGGGGCUACUUUAGUUUUAGAAAGUUUUUCAUGUUUUAACAUUUAUAAACAUGGCUCAAGAAUCUGAAUCGGAUCAUCGUAAAGGUAAAGUGGUCGUUCGAAUGGAUUCUGAAUCAAAUCUGCAAGCUUUGUUCGACAGCGUUCUAAAGCCAGAUUCCAAAAGACCUUUGCAAGUACCACUUAGGAUGCGUAAUUUACCUAACUCAUUUUUCAAUCCGCCUUCUACUGGCUCCAAAUCUCCGUCCGUAUCUUCUAUAUCGCAUAGUCGCGAGAAUUCUGCCGAUUCUGCAUUUGGUACUUCGACUGGUGCGACCACAACCACAACGCCAAGUAGGUUACAAGCCAACCACCCGAGAGCUCACAGUUCGCCUGCCUCGUUACAGCAGACGUACGCUUCAGCCCAACAGCAACAAACUAAACACCAACACAUGAAACAGCGCAGCUAUGAUAUACUGUCAGUUGAUGAACUGGGCCCAUUACCUCCAGGAUGGGAACAAGCCAAGACUCCAGAAGGGCAACUGUAUUUUAUAAACCACAUAAGUCAAACCACAACAUGGGAAGAUCCCCGCAAAGCUUUGUCUGCAGAGACUCAGCAGCAAGCUUCAGGGAAUAAAAUAGUGGAAAAUGCCUUGGGGCCAUUGCCUGAUGGUUGGGAGCAAGCAACUACUCCAGAGGGAGAAGUAUAUUUUAUCAACCACCAGACUAGAACGAGUUCGUGGUUUGAUCCACGUAUUCCCAUGCACCUUCAGCGAGUUCCAGCCAAUAGCAGCUUGCCACAGAACAGUAAUUGGAAUUACCCACCCUUAUCCUCACAAGCACUUCAAGCCACGCAACAGAAACUGCGGCUCCAAUCACUGCAAAUGGAGCGCGAGCGCUUAAAAUUACGCCAACAGGAAAUAAUGCGUCAGCAAGAGCUGAUGCUGCAAGCUAGUUCAACAUUCGUCCCAGGCACUGCUACUUCGGCAGGCAUGGAUCCAUUUUUGUCCGGCUUGGUGGACCACUCGCGACAAGAGUCAGCUGAUAGUGGACUGGGAAUGGGCAACAACUGUUCGCUACCUCAAACUCCAGAAGACUUCUUGGCCGGCCUGGAUGACAACAUGGAUGUGGUUAGCGAAGAUGGGACGGCAGCUGAUAUGGCUUCGCUGGAUGCCCCUGACAUCAGUGCCCUGACAGACAACAUUGAUUCCACAGAUGAUUUGGUCCCAUCACUGCAACUGGGAGAGGAUCUGUCAAGUGCCUUAUUAGAAGAUGUUGAAUCUUUGAUCAAUCCAAAUAAGCUCGACAAUGAACUUACGUGGCUAUAAGCAUUCUAUCUCAUCAUCAGUAUGUUAUACAUUUUCUGGGAGUGCAUUUGUGUUCUACAUGCAGUUUGAUUUUUUCACUGCAUCACUUAAUCU